CCCGGCCGUGCUCCUAGCCUGAGAGAGGAACCGGUGGGUGCUGCCAGGCCACCAGCAUGUCGUACUUUGGGGAGUACUUUUGGGGCGAGAAAAACCACGGCUUCGAUGUCCUGUACCACAGCGUGAAGCAGGGGCCCGUCUCCACCAAGGAGCUGGCUGACUUCAUUCGGGAAAGGGCUACCAUCGAAGAGACUUAUUCCAAGGCCAUGGCAAAACUUUCUAAGCUGGCCAGCAAUGGGACCCCCAUGGGGACCUUUGCCCCGCUCUGGGAAGCCUUCCGAGUGUCCUCGGACAAGCUGGCGCUCUGUCACCUGGAGCUGACACGCAAGCUGCAGGACCUCAUCAAGGACGUGCUGCGCUAUGGGGAGGAGCAGCUCAGGGCCCACAAGAAGUGCAAGGAGGAGGCGGUGGUCACCCUGGACGCUGUGCAGGUGCUCACCGGGGUCAGCCAGCUGCUGCCCAAGUCCCGCGAGAACUACCUGAAUCGAUGCAUGGACCAGGAGCGUGUGCGCAGGGAGAGUGCCAGCCAGAAGGAGAUGGACAAGGCAGAAACCAAGACCAAGAAGGCAGCAGAGAGCCUGCGGCGCUCGGUGGAGAAGUACAACUCGGCGCGGGCUGACUUUGAACAGAAGAUGUUGGACUCAGCACUGCGCUUCCAAGCCAUGGAAGAGGCGCACCUGCGCCACAUGAAGGCGCUGCUGGGCUCCUACGCCCACUCCGUGGAGGACACCCACGUGCAGAUUGGGCAGGUGCACGAGGAGUUCAAGCAGAACAUCGAGAACGUGAGCGUGGAGAUGCUGCUGCGGAGCUUUGCCGAGAGCAGGGGCACCGGCCGGGAGAAGCCGGGACCCCUGGACUUCGAGGCUUACAGUGCGGCCGCCCUGCAGGAAGCGAUGAAACGCCUGCGCGGAUCCAAGGCCUUUCGCUUGCCGGGUUUGAGCCGGCGAGAACGGGAGCCCCCUGUAGCCACAGGCUCCUUGGAUGCUGACCCAGGGAUGUGCCCAGAGGUGGAUGAAGAAGGGUUUACCAUCCGGCCCGAGGCAACCCAGAACAAUACGGCCGAGCCCUCCCGCUUCUCCUCCAGCGACUCUGACUUUGACGAUGAAGAACCCCGCAAGUUCUACGUGCACAUCAAGCCUGCGCCCGCCCGGCCCCCCACCUGCAGCUCGGAGGCAGCUGCAGCUCAGCUCCGGGCCACAGCUGGCAGCCUCACCCUGCCACCAGGGCCUGGGGGCACCAUGAAGCGCCAUCCGUCACGAGACACCACUGCAAAGCCACAGAGGCCUCGCUCUGCCCCGAGGACUGGCAGCGGUCCGGAGAAGCUGCACUCCGAGGAGCCGGCUUCCAAGAGCCUGUUCGGGCCGCCCCUGGAGUCCGCCUUUGACCAGGAAGACUUCACAGGCUCCAGCAGCCUGGGCUUCACCUCCAGCCCCUCGCCUUUCUCUUCCUCCUCACCCGAGAACGUGGAGGACUCGGGCCUGGACUCCCCGUCGCGCGUGGCGCCCGGCCCCUCCCCGGACUCCUGGGUCCCGCGCCCCGGCACCCCACAGAGCCCACCUACCUGUAGGGUGCUGCCCCCCGAGGCCAGGGUGCCGCGACCCCCGCCGCCACCGUCAGACUCGCCGCAGCCCCUCACAGGCUACUGGGGGCUGGAGGCCGGGGCUGGAGGAGAGCCCCUGCGGGCGCCCACAGAACCCCCCGCCCGGGAGGGCCUGGCCGCCCCUCCCCGGAGGCCGCGCUCGGCCAAGGCGUCCUGCCCUCUCACUCGCAGCAACGGGGACCUGACCCGCUCCCUGAGCCCCUCCGCGCUGGGCCCCACAGCCCUCAGCGCCGCGACCGAGAGGCCCAGCUUCCCGGCCCCGCCGGGCCACGGAAUCUCCCGGGGCCCAAGCCCCGUGGUCCUCGGCUCCCAGGACGCCCUGCCCGUGGCCACGGCCUUCACCGAGUAUGUGCACGCCUACUUUCGCGGCCACAGUCCGAGCUGCCUGGCUCGAGUGACCGGGGAGCUGACCAUGACCUUCCCUGCGGGCAUCGUGCGUGUGUUCUGCGGGACCCCGCCCCCGCCCGUGCUCAGCUUCCGCCUGGUUCACGCGGCCCCGAUCGAACACUUCCAGCCCAACGCAGACCUGCUUUUCAGUGACCCUUCCCAGAGUGACCCGGAGACCAAAGACUUCUGGCUCAAUAUGGCAGCGCUGACCGAGGCGCUCCUGCGACAGGCCGAGCAGAACCCGGCCGCCUCCUACUACAAUCUCGUGCUGCUCCGGUACCAGUUCUCGCGCCCGGGACCCCAGUCGGUGCCCCUGCAGCUGAGCGCCCACUGGCAGUGCGGGGCGACCCACACCCAGGUCUCCGUGGAAUACAGCUACCGGCCGGGGGCCACUGCCGUGCCCACGCCCCUCACCAACGUCCAGAUCCUACUGCCCGUCGGGGAGCCUGUGACCAAUGUCCGCCUGCAGCCGGCGGCCACCUGGAACCUGGAAGAGAAGAGGCUCCUGUGGAAGCUUCCAGACGUGUCUGAGGCAGGGGGUUCCGGCCGCCUGUCUGCCAGCUGGGAGCCCCGCUCGGGGCCCAGCACCCCCAGCCCUGUGGCUGCCCAGUUCACCAGCGAGGGGGCCACUCUCUCGGGCGUGGACCUGGAGCUGGUGGGCAGCGGCUACCGCAUGUCUCUGGUGAAGAGGAGGUUCGCCACAGGCAUGUACCUGGUGAGCUGCUGAGCCUCCAACCCCGCCCCCAGCACUGUGGCCUGGUGCUCCCCACCUGCUCCCCCGCCCCUGCCCCCCGACUCCAGGGAGAGGGCCC